UUGCGCAGCGACCCGUCAAUCCCGCAUUCCCGCGAGGCGACCUUACCCAACCGACGGCCCGUCGACCGUCUUUACUUGACGAGGCUUUUAGGUCCGGAUGCCCCCGCGCUGCCGCCUAGGGACGGGGGAGGUGUUGGCUGCCCAGAGCAUCGCCCAGCGCGGUGUGAUGCUGGUGGCGACCACCCACGGCCCCAGCCUCAAGGCGCUGCUUCGCAACCACACCCUCAACCCGCUGCUGGGCGGCAUCGAGAUGCGUAAAGGGCCGACGCACGUGGUCACUAUCGGAGAUGUUGCGGCGCGCGAGAGCAACAGCGGCAGUAAGACGCGGCUGGAGCGCAAGGACAUGCCCACCUUCGCGGCGAUGGUGGAGGUCAAGCCGGGAGGCAGGCUGCUGGUCCACCCCGACACGGCCGAGAGUGUGGACCUGCUACUGCCCACCCUGACCGCCUCCACCACCGGUGGCAUCGGCAGUAGCAGCAGCAGCAGGCUGCUGCGGGCCGCCGGCGGCGCCAUAGACCAGGGGCCUCCGCUGGCGCCCACACGCGCGCUGUCCUCCGCGGACGCUGCGGCAGCCGCCGGGCGGCCUGAGGCAGUGCGCGCCGCGCACCUGGCCGGCCUCGCAGCAGCUGAUGCGGGUGCUGGCGGCCGUGGCGGGCCCAGCGGCGCUGAUGGUGGAGCGGGCAGCGGCAGUAGCAGCAGUAGCAGCGAGCUGCUGGCCAGCCUUGUUGCGGCUGCCAAGGCAGGUCCCCACACGCAGGGAACGGCGGCAGGCUGUUCACCACAAUGCCGCAACAACUUUGGACGGCUUGCUUGGCGAGCGCGGCUGGGUUAGCGCGCGGUCAUUGGCAUGGAUCGAUGGCGCUGUCGGGAGAAUCAUGAUGCACUCUUGCGUGCUGCGAGCGAGGAGGCGUGGAGCGGCCUAGAAGGCCGCCAACAGUAGCCGCAACGGAGUA